AUGGAUUCCCAAAAAUCCUUCAAGACCAAGCAAAAGUUAGCUAAGGCUCAAAAGCAAAACAGACCAUUGCCACAAUGGAUCAGAUUGAGAACUGACAACAAGAUCCGUUACAACGCCAAGAGACGUAACUGGAGAAGAACUAAGUUGGGUAUCUAA